AUGCCUCGAAGUUUAGAGCCUUUAGAUUUGACAGUUCAAAUUCCAUACCAUUUUCGGUGUCCGAUCUCACUUGAACUAAUGCGUGACCCAGUCACCGUUAGUACCGGUCAAACUUACGAUCGUUCUAGUAUCGAAUCAUGGGUAGCUACCGGUAACACUACCUGUCCGGUUACCCGAGCCCCACUCACCGACUUUACUGUAAUACCAAACCACACUCUUCGCCGUUUGAUUCAAGAUUGGUGUGUUGCAAAUCGUGCUUUCGGCGUGGAACGAAUUCCAACUCCGAAACAGCCUGCGGAACCGAGUUUAGUUCGUUCUUUAUUAAACCAAGCUGCCUCCGAGUCAAGCCCUACCCACUCUCGCCUCUCUGCUCUCCAUCGACUCAGAGGACUCGCUCGUGAUUCGGACAAGAACCGGUCUGUCAUUUCCUCUCAUAACGUUCGUGAAAUUUUAAUCAAUAUCGUGUUUUCAAGCACUCAAUCAUUAGAUUUGAGCCACGAGUCACUCGCGAUUCUGGUUAUGUUUCCGCUCACUGAGUUCGACUGUGUGGCAAUAGCCUCGGACCCGGAGCGGAUCAGUUACUUAGCUCAUUUACUAUUUGAUUCGUCAAUCGAAGUCCGAGUCAACUCAGCUGCAUUCAUUGAAAAUAUUAUUGCUGGAACAAGAUCAUCGGAUCUUCGACUUCAAAUUAGUAACACAGAGAUUAUCUUCGAAGGAGUGAUAGAGAUUUUAAAAAAUCCUUUAUCAUCUCCUCGUUCACUUAAAAUUGGAAUAAAAGCGCUUUUCGCGUUAUGUCUAGCGAAACAAACUAGACAUAAAGCGGUCUCCGCAGGAGCAGCGGAGACAUUAAUCGACAGACUGGCAGAUUUUGAUAAAUGUGAUGCAGAAAGAGCCCUUGCCACAAUAGAAUUACUUUGCAGAAUACAAGUUGGUUGCGCAGCAUUCACAGAGCACGCGCUGACUGUGCCCUUGUUAGUCAAGACUAUUCUGAAGAUAUCAGAUAGAGCAACGGAGUACGCAGCGGGAGCGUUGCUGGCGCUGUGUUCAGCGUCUGAGCUGAAUCAGAAGGAGGCGGUUUGCGCGGGGGUAUUGACGCAGUUGCUGUUGUUAGUACAGAGUGAUUGUACUGAUAGAGCUAAGAGGAAGGCACAGAUGUUGUUGAAGCUGUUAAGGGAUUCAUGGCCUGAGGAUUCUGUUGGGUAUUCUGAUGAUUUUGUUUGCAGUGAAGUGGCGCCGUUUUGA